CUGGGGCCAGGCCAGCCAGCCAGAGCAGCCUGGCGCCUGGCGUGUGCUCCCGCUGACCUGAUCCAGCAGGGCUGCGGGGGCGGCCCGGAAGGGCCCGUGCUGGCGCCACGCGCUGCGGUCACCAGGCGCCAAGACUGGAGGGAGCGGAUAGUGGAGGGGGGCAGGGGGGAUGAGUCCGAAGAUUCCAGGGAAUCGGCUGGCCAGGCUAGUGUCCAGCGUGGAUCCCCAGCUGGAGCUGGCCUGAAGAUGCCAGAGCCGGCCUUGCUCUGCGAGGCUUCCUCUGGGUGGGCGCUGGGGGACAGCGUGCCACUGACUUCCUUAUUCGACUACAAUGCACCGUCCCCCAAACCGAACCGCCACUGCGCUGUCUCCUGCUUCCGCGAGCCUCGGCGCCGGUGCCUCCGCCUGGCUCUGGCUCUGGAUGAAUUAGUGGCGCCGCCGGAGGGCUGGGGAGAGAGCGCGGAGGACGCCGGGCUGGCCUGCCCGGGGACACCGAGUGGCCGCUGGGACUCUCGUUUGGGCGUCUUAAAGCCCCGAGCGGCCGGUGGCAGGGGCGGCUGCGUAGACUAG